UUAAAAUAUCAUGAAAGUAUGGAGUCUGUAUUAUUAUAAACCACAAAGUACAACACAACGAUAUGUGGCUUAUUUUGAAAUAAAGGCACUUUAAUAGGAGGAAUGUGGUGUUAUAACCUGACUAAAAACCAUGGCUUAUUGCUUCUGAUAUAUAUUAUUGUCGGUAUUGAUUCGCUAACGUCGUCUACGGCCGAUUGUGACUGCUCAGGUAGAAUUGUACAGAAUGCUAAAUGUUCAAAACAAACUAACUGUACAUUGGUUUGCAACGACGGAUAUUGGGGGACAGAUUGUAAAUACGGACGCAUAAGGUAUUCCUCUUUAUUUAAUUAUACUUUUCAGAGUUUAGAAGAGAUUUUAAACAAGAAAUUAAGCCGUAUUCUCCGUCUACUAUUGACUUCAUUUUUAAUUUUAAUGUGACAAGUACUGUUUGACAUACACUCGAGUAAUUUGAGUAAGUUAAAUCUUAUUUACAAUUUAAUCUGUAAAGUUUUAUAAAGUGUUGUUAUUACCGAUGGAAGGAUAUCGUUUAAAUAUGUCAAACUUGCCGUUUUUUAAAGGUUUUGGGGAACAAUUUUAUUAAAAUAUAUUGUAUAUAUAAUGUAUUAAUUAAUAAGGCAGAAACCUUUAAUUUUUAAGACCUUUAAUUCUGGCAUAGUUACGUGUGUGAUUACUUCUUUUAAAUUUGGUUUAUUUUGUGUGGUUUUGAAAAUAUUAAAAUGCAUGUAGAAAUUGAACAUUACUAAAAAAGCAUCCUUUCCCUACGGAUACGUUUUCAAUUCGGACAAAAGUGUUUUUGUUCUUGGUACUAUUAAAGAGUAGGCUAUAUUUUAUCUCCUUUCAAAGCCACAGAAUAAUUAAAGAUAUUUACUGUAGUUUGAAUUUGGCAACAAUGUUUCUCUUUUAAAAGUUAGGAAGAAUUUGUGGUUAUAUCAUGUAUUCUCUUUUGUUUGCAAAUUAAAAUCAGCAUGAAUAUAAUAAUAAUCCGAAGAUAUUUUAUUACAUUAGUCAUUAUACUCGAGUCAUUAUACCGGUAUAAAUUAUAUAAAAUUUUCUGUUUCAAAUUAUCAAUCAUAAAACUUGGUUAUAUACUUAUAUGUCAUAUUUUCAGCUACAAACACAUAUUAAAAAGUUAACUAUUAACUUAUUGAGCCACAGUAUGCCUUCUUUUUCUCCUUUUCAUGAAAAAAGUAAUCCUGAUUGUAGUCUGAUUAGAAUGUGAUAUCAAAUAUCAUUGCUGAAAGACCUUUGAUUUACCUAUUAUAGUAAAGCCACGCGUGGUCAAACGAGAGAUUUGAUGAGACUUGAGAAGCAAGAGUUUGCAUGGGAGUUUUCUUAACUUUCAUGGCCUGGUCAUAUCAAACAAGAACAAGAGUUGACAGGCCCCCCCAAAAAUUAUUAGGGUCGGGCAGAAAUCCAUGCGUGAUUCGGGCAAAACAUAAAAAUUGUGGAAAAAUUGUGUUAUGCCCGGAAAUUUUUUGUAUGUGUUUGAAAAUUACAGUAUAUAGGGGAGAUUUUUUUUUCUAUAUCCGGAAAAUUAUUUGUAUGUUUCUGAAAAAUACGGGAUAUUAGAGAAAAUUUUUUGAUAUGUCCGGGAAAAUUUUUUUGGUGACCUCCCCCCCCCUGCUCGCCAAAAGUUUUGUGGAGAAAUAUUAAUUAGCGAUGGUCGGGAAAACUGAUACUGUGCCCCCCCAAACAAGAUUAGGCCCGUAUGCCCAUGCCCAAUUCACUUAAAACUGAUGAGAGUCGAUGAGAGUUGGUGAUCAUAAACGCGAGCUAGCAUUGCAACUCUCAUUCUCGUUUGACAGGGGUUUAAGUGUGCUACAGUCUCACUGAGAUUUAAAGCCUAUAGUAAUUCUAAUUGAAGUGUGGUGCAUGCACCGGCCAGUGAGUAAGGCUUACCCAGCUUUGACCCAGACCUAGCUAGCUGUCACCUCAUUAUUGGCAAAGUGUGUGGCAUAUAUGUAGCUAGCACCAUGCAAUUCCAGUGUGGCAUCUUGGUAUUGCUACCUUGUGUCAUUGCUAAUUUGCUCAUCUGCUAGUAUGGAUGAGCAAAUUAGUAACAGUUAUGACACAAACAGCUAGAGGCUAGCUGGAAGGGACCUGCAGUUGCUUAUUAUAAUUAAACAAGUGAAUUAGCCAUUAUUUGCAUAAGAAAAAGGCCAAUGAUGGUUGUUAGUUUUGAGAGGAACAUAUAUUUGCGCAUAGCUAGGAUCGUUAUGCUCAGAUUUAGUUUCAAUUUGUGCUUAAUUUAUUAAACUAAAGUUGCAAUUAAUAAUAAUAAUAAUUUACCCUACUUUAUUUGAUUUACUCUUUGUAUAACACAAGAUAAUUUAACUCAUGCAUCGAUCAGUGAGAAAGUGCUACCAUUCAAUGGGUUAGCUAUAAUAGAAAGCUAGUAACGUUUUUAAGUUGAACUUAGUAAUGUUGUCUUUUUCAAAGAGUUCUUUGUCAUUAAGUUGCUAUAUAUAUAUACAAAAUUAUUUUUUUAUAUCUGUGGCUAUACAAAACAUUAAUUAACUUCCUUAUCUGAGCCCACAUAUACUUCAAGCUGUUAUUGUUUUUAUUUAAUACAAUUACCAUGGCGAAGGACCUAAACAGUUGUUAUGUUUUGUUGAGGAAUUUUCCAGAAUAAAGAUUGUUUUUGUAUUUGAAUCUUGCAAAACAAUUACAAUUGAAAUGUUAAUUUUGAUAAUUGUAAUAAUAAGACCUGCCUUUUAUAGUCGAUCUAUAUGUGGGAAACAUAUUUUGUGCUAAUUAUAUAAUGGCUGAGUCAAUCAUUUGCUUGUUCUUUUGGCUGAAAAUACAAGUAUAAGCUAGAUGUGCAAAUGAAUUAAACAUUCUACCUCGAUAAAUGCAUAUAAUUUAACCCAUUAAUUAAGUCAAUCAGUGCUCUCCCCUUGACGAGUAAAAUUGCAUCUGGCAGACAGAGUAAAAUAAUAAAGUAGGGUGCAUCAUGGCGCAAUGUGACUCAAUGGGUUAAAUGAGGCAACUUAAGUUGUGUUUGUUUUAGCUAUGUUCCACAAAAAUCUAAUCUAGCUAAGAGAUGAAUUUUGACACUAAGAUUAUUGAAAUUGGUCCAAGAACCAAUCUUCUGGCUGUCUAAAGUAUGGGACUAUCAAACCUAUUAAUAAUUAACACAACUGAUGCACAAUUUCAACCAUUGUUCAUUACGCCGGUGAACCAGAAUGUUUUUAAGCAGCCAUAUAGAUCAAUGUUACUGUAAUAAUGGAUCGAAGUAUGUGUCAAUUAGAGUUCAUCUCUUGAAUAGAUUUUGAUGCCCACUACUAGAGUUGGUAAACCAAUUGCAUAAUUUUUUCCAGGAUAUACUCUGUAUGGAAGCAUAAUUGACACUUCCUUAUCACCCUCUAUAUAGUAUGAUUGAGUGAGAUUUUGCUUAGGAAGCUAACUUUUUGUCGGAAUAGUCAGACAACUUUUGCUAACUUAAGACAAUCCUAGCUCUCCUCAUAUAACAUACCCAGACAUAGACUGCUAGCAGUCCCUCAGGAGAAAGGAGGGACCGCCGACAACACAUCAAAAAACGAAAUUGCCCACUUUUCGCUCUUGUACCCUAUUUAUACCAUAAUUACUAUGUAUCAGAUUUGAUUGACAGACGUAUCGAUUUCGACCAAUGGGAAUUUUGCGUUGUGUGGGCAAUGCGUAUUUCGUUUCUUGUUGUGUUGUCUGCAGUCCCUCCUUUCCUUUUGCAUGCCCGGAAAUAUAAACCUGUGGAAAGGAGGGACCGCUCGCAGUCUAACCCAGACAAGACUCUAGAUAAGCAAUUGUCAUGAAUUUAUUUUUACAGAUUAACUAGUUCGAGAGGUUAUAUAACAGAUGGUGUUGAAAGUUAUCCAGUUUUAUCCAAGCGAAUGUGGUUAAUUGACAGUGGAAAUAGGUAAAAAUUGUUGACUAUUAUACCCUGCUAAGUGCCAGGGUUCUGUAUAAAAGUCCCAUUUUGUGUGCCCAUUAAUUAAGUUGCAUAUUGUGCCGGCUAAUGCAGCCUAGCUAAUUUACUCUGUCUAAUGCCAGAUGAUUUUACUCCCCUCACCGAAAAUUCCUAUAGCUAAGAAAUUUAUUAAGCCUAUGAGAAUUUCAGACUAUUCCAUAGGAAUUCCUGUACAAAUUAUUCUUACAGGAAAUUUUAUUUUUACAGAAAUUCCUAUGGGAAUCUGCAUGGAAGAAAUAUUCCUAUAAGAAUUUGUAUAGGAAAAUUUUUGCAAUGGUCAUCAAGGAGAAAUUAGUGCUGCACGGCAUAUUGCUGCAUGGCACAUGGAUUAAUUGACAUUUGCGUACUAUUUGCAAAAUAUGGACCAAAGUAACAGUGGAUAUUUUUCCCAAUGCAUGUGUGUGCAUAUAAUAUUUCUCAUUCUGUCAUAAGACGUACACACUUAUAAUAAAUUUGAUUUCUGUUUUAGAGUAAAUGCUAGUAUACAUUUUCAAAUAGAGGAAUUUUUCACUGAAUGUAACUGGGAUCAUGUGUAUAUUUUUGAUGGAGACUCAACAGAUUCUUCUCUUUUGGCUGCUUUCAAGUAAGUCAAUUCACAUAAUUAUAUUAAUAUCCCCCCAUUCAUCAGGCCCUUUGUUGGGAUGUUCCUCUGCCCUUUUACUGUUGCAUGGGCGGAUUUACUGGGGGGGGGGGGUUAGGGGGGUUUAACCCCUCCUAGAAUCUCUCUAACCCCUCUAAUAAAGUGUUCAACCCCACCAAAAUUUUGCUUCACCCCUCCUAUUUUGUGUGAAAGGCUUUAACCCAAAUGCCUAACCCCUGCCGAAGCUCAUUGAGUGGUGUCGCUUGCACCCCACCAGAAAUUUUUCUACCCCUCCUUUUAAAUAAAUGAAAAUCCGCCCUUGUACUGUUGCACAAUAGUGCUUGGUGAUCGAAGCCCUCUGGCCAUUAAUGGACAAUUUGCAUGUUAGACUAAAUUUUAAUCUAAGUAAAGAGAAGGGAAUCAAACACCGCAGUUAAAAAGACAAUAAUGAAAUUAGUAAAAUUGCAAAAUUUGGUUGGGAAAUGUUGUAAAAUGCAGAAAAUAUAGCCUUGCAAAGUUUGCAUAUUUUCAGUGUAUUUGUAUUGCGUGCGGAAAUUGUUACCAUUUUCGGCUCGAAAAUGGUAACAAUUUCCGCACGUAUUACAAACAUACUGAAAAUAUGCAACUACUUCGCAAGGCUAUAUUUUCUGUAUUUUACAACAUUUUGUAACCAAAUUUUGCAAUUUUACUGAUUUUAAUAAGUUCUUUACGGGAAUUUACUUUUUUUUGCCUGAAUCAAUAAUUAGUACAUGCAAGUUGUCUAUUAUUCUAACAUACAGUAACCUCUUUCUUUUUCAGUGGCUAUUUGGUAGGAGACGUCAACUCCAGCAGUUAUGGGCGGAUCCCACAAGAAAUUAUUGCCAAGUCGGGAAGAGCAUAUAUUUAUUUUUACAGCGAUCUGGGUGUAGUUCAAUCAGGAUUUAAUAUUUCAUAUAGGUAUAAAUUCAAAUACAAUUUGUUGCAAAUUAAAACAAAUUAUUGGGGUAUGCAUGCAACGCUGUAUUCUGAGGCCAAUUGUAUAAAAAAGUGGUUAAAGUUAACUGCAGUGAGUGUGAAAGUUAACCAAUCAGAAUCGCGUAUUUGAGAGUUAACUACUAUAUAACUACAAAACGGGCAGUCGAAAAGUAGUUUCAGGACAUUGGCAACAAAAAAUAGUUUGUCUCAUCAAAAGAAUUAUAUAUUAAACUCUAUUACCGAUUUGUCAUAUCUUGCUUAGUUCUCGAAAUAUUUAGAUCGAAAUUAAUGAGCUGUCCGCCAUCUUGGACUAAUUCUUGACCUCAUUAACUAUGGUUUUGAUGACGUCAGGAGCUGGGUUAACCAUAUAAAACAACUCUAAAAUGAGCGAGUAACAGUCCAAAAUUGUUUGAAAUGUUUUUAAUCAUUUCGAAAUUUCGGACAGCAACCAGAAACGAAGUUUUGGACCCAUAUUGAUCGCUUAUUCUCAAGAUAAAAAAUUAGCGUGACCCCUCUCUUGACGUACCAUGCAUAUCCUCAAUAAGGCAAGGUUUUUAGCUAGAAUGUCAAAACCAGCCUUCCAAAAAAUAUCGUGGGUGUGGCGAUCUAUUUUUAUGGCUAUUUAUAAAAUACCACCGCUCACUGUCCUUUGUUUAAUAUGUUUCAGAAUAUUAGACAACUGUCCUUGCCUCAAUGGUAAAUGUAACACAGCUGGUCUGUGUGUCUGUGACGUAGGCUGGACAGGUAGUCUUUGUGAUGUACAAAAGAAUUGUUCAUGUAUAAAUGGUGCAUGUAAUCAAACAUUUGGAAACUGUGUCUGCAAUGAUGGCUUCGCAGGUACGCAACUUCAUUCUCACUCGUAUACAACAAGCAGUCAUAAUUAAUAGUGAUUGCCGACAUAUGAGUCACGAUUUAGGAACAGUUACUAUUUUUAGACUUUUAGGGUUAGAAUUAGGGUUUGGAUUAGGGAAAGGGUUAGGAUUAAGAUUAGGGUUAGGAUUAGAGUAAGGGUUAGGUUUAGGGCUGGGAUUAAGAUUAGGGUUAGUUAGGAUUAAGAUUAGGAUUAAGAUUAGGGUUAGGAUUAAGAUUAGGGUCAAGAUUAGGGUUAGGAUUAGAGUAAGGGUUAGGUUUAGGGUUGGGAUUAAGAUUAGGGUUAGUUAGGAUUAAGAUUAGGAUUAAGAUUAGGGUUAGGAUUAAGAUUAGGGUUAGGAUUAGAAUGAGGGUGAGGAUUAGGGUAAAGUUUAAAAUAAAAGAGAAUACGAAAUUACAAAAGUCUAAAAGUAGUAACUCUUGCUAAAAUGUAGACUUGCCACAAGUCGGCCUCGAACGACACGCGAGCAGCGAGCGCGAGUGACGAAGUCGCUCGCGCUCGCUGCUCGCGUUUCGUUCAAGGUCGACUUGUGGCAAGUCUAGCUAAAAUGUGACAGGUAUAAUUACCGAUUAUUCAUGCCCCGAUCUACUCGAUACCAAUGCCGAUACCGAUUUUAUAAUGACGUCAUAAUAUCAUUACACCAAGUAAAGGUGACGUCAUUCAUGUCGAUAAUUUCCAAGGUAACAUGUUACUGCAAUCAAAGAUCGUUAACAUCAUUAAUAAAUGGCACGCUUCACACACUAAUUUAACAUAUUGCGUUAAAACGCAACAUGUAUCAACGUGCAAUGCAUAUAAUUUUUAAAGUGCGUAUUUUCUAAACGAUCGGUUUUAGACAAUCGGAAAUAUAGAUAAUUCUACCGAUUCCGAUUGUCUACCGAUAAGGCAAAAACGGCCCGACACCGAUUAUCGGUCAUCGGUUCGAACUUUCUAGCAAGUAUACAUUUACAAAAUUUUCGUUGAACAUUUCGUUGACAUUGGCAAAAUUUUCGUUGAACGUUUUCGUUUCUUAUUUUCUUUCUUGUGUCCAAAGAACAAUCAUGCAGUGCAGUCUUCAAACAACAAGUUCUUUUACUCUUUAUUGUCUGAUACCGUAAAUUGUUUCUUUGCCUGGCGUUUGCCGUUUGGCGUAUAAACGCGAAGCUUAAACUCUCUGAUAACUCACUCAUGUAUUUAUGAGGUCCGUGUAUCCAAAAAUGCGCCUGAGACACUUUGCGAAAUAUGGGGGAGUUUAGGUUACCUGGCCAUAUUACGUUAUGUACCACCUAAUAUGCUUAUUCGUAGUCUGUCAAUACUAUCAUGGUUGUGUAAUUAAUGUUACAGCUUUGUUACAUGGUUAUUCAGCUAGCAUACAAAGGCUAUCAGGGUGAUCCCCUCCGCCUCUCCUACACGCGUAAAAACGCUCAGGUUGAUGCAAUACUGAUGAAAACAGGAUUGGACGAUGUUUUGCUGCCAACAUUGUUCAUAGCUGUCAACAAUAUUGAACAAUAUUGUUACAUCCGAUUCAGGCUCAACAACAUUGUUCAAUAUUAUUGACAAGUGUGAACAACGUGGGCAGCAAAACAUUGUUCAGUCCUGUUGAGCAACGGGCUCGGCGUUUUUUGCCGUGUAGUGUCCGCCACUUAGUAGCGAUGAUGAUUCCACCAUACGGGUUGUUAAGUCAAAUUCACAUUCAUUUUCGGUUGUUUAUAAACUCGUGUGUAUGUUUUGUAGGCAAUGAUUGUAGUCAGCCAAUCACCUCCUCUUUUUGGACCAGUAUAAAAACGAAGAAUUCAGGUGUGUAGAUGAACUUAAAGACAAAUUUUAGAUAUAUUAAAAUCCGACGUAAACUUUGGCGCUAUUUCUGAAGCUUGUACAAUGCGCAAAUUCCAAUCUUGCAGUAGAUCCAAUUUUGAUUAUGUUCCAAAUUGUUUCCUUUCAAGUUUUAAUUCGGAGCAUGCAUUGUUCCUCUGCAGGUGCUGAAAUUUCUCCGCGGUCAUCUCAUGCAGCAGCGAUCAUAGGGGAUCAUAUGUGGGUCUAUAAUGGAUACAGAUUUUCACACCCUGGACAUGGGGCCCAUAGAAACUUGUACAGGUAAAACAUUUGUUGCAAUUAUUUGCAGUUUACUUCCUUACUGUUUCGCUUGCUUUUCAUUUGACUGUAACCUGCAUGAGAUGAACAUCUUGUUGACGGCUUGUUCGCAGACUUGUUACAAGAUGUGAGAUUUUUGCGUGUGUACAGUAUUGCAAACACAUCUUGUUGACAAGUUGUUGGAAUAGCAUUGUCACAACUUGUUAACAAGCUUGCUACAAACUUGUUGAGGAGACAUCUUGUUGACAAGUUGGAACAGCAUUGCCACAACUUGUUAACAAGCUUGCUACAAACUUGUUGAAGAGACAUCUUGUUGACAAGUUGGAACAGCAUUGUCACAACUUGUUAACAAGCUUGCUACAAACUUGUUGAGGAGACAUCUUGUUGACAAGUUGGAACAGCAUUGUCACAACUUGUUAACAAGCUUGCUACAAGCCUGUUGAGGAGACAUCUUGUUGACAAGUUGUUGGAACAGCAUUGUCAUAACUUGUUAACAAGCUUACACACGUAAAAACGCACAAGUUUGUUACAAGUCUGUUCACAAGCUGUUAACAGGAUGUAUUCGCACUGCUUGUCACAGGUUGUCAACAGGUUUGGAACAACUUGUUGACAACUUGUAACAACCUUGUUGAAAUUAUCAGACUUGUUGCAAGGUUGUUCUGACAAGUCUGUGACAUGCUUGAUAUAACAAGAUUGUUACAACCUUGUGUUGACAACCUUGUAACAUCCUUGUUCUAUCAUGGCUGUAACAAACUUGUUAGCACAAUCUUGUAACAAGGCUGAUAAUGCCAUCGAGCUUGUUACAAGUUGUUAACAGCUUGUUUCAAACUUGUUACAACAAACUGGGAACAAGCAGUGCGAGCACAAUUUGUUGACAGCUUGUGAACAGACGUGUAACAACUUGCUUGCAGACUUGUUACAAUUUGUGCGUUUUUACGUGUGUACUACAAGCCUGUUGAGGAGACAUCUUGUUGACAAGUUGUUGGAACAGCAUUGUCACAACUUGUUAACAAGCUUGCUACAAACCUGUUGCGAAAAAUCUUGUUGACAAGUUGUUGGAACAGCAUUGUCACAACUUGUUAACAAGCUUGCUACAAACCUGUUGCGAAAAAUCUUGUUGACAAGUUGUUGGAACAGCAUUGUCACAACUUGUUAGCAAGCUUGCUACAAACCUGUUGAGGAGACAUCUUGUUGACAAGUUGUUGGAGCAGCACUGUCACAACUUGUUAGCAAGCUUGCUACAAACCUGUUGAGGAGACAUCUUGUUGACAAGUUGUUGGAGCAGCAUUGUCACAACAUGUUAGCAAGCUUGCUACAAGCCUGUUGAGGAGACAUCUUGUUGACAAGUUGUUGGAGCAGCACUGUCACAACUUGUUAGCAAGCUUGCUACAAACCUGUUGCGAGAAAUCUUGUUGACAAGUUGUUGGAACAGCAUUGUCACAACUUGUUAACAAGCUCGCUACAAACCUAUUGCAAACACAUCUUGUUCACUCCCUUGGAGAAGCAUUUAAGGUAUACUUCAACUUAGCUUAAGUCUCGUUUACACUUGUGAUUGUCUUCUUUUCAUCGAUGUGAACGAGUAGAUAAGUUACGAUUGUUGUUGUGAGAUGUCUUCAUGUUAAAUUAACUACCCCUAUGACAAGAACAUCUACGUUGCAAUGGCCAACUACAGGUCAUGUUAACAUUAAAACUUGUAGUUGAACUGUGAACCAGAGUAUGGCGGGUACUAGACGUCAGAUUCAGUUUCUCGUGCAAGUUCAUUGCAAAGCAGAUUUAACGGAAACGAUUUUUAAAACUAAUAAACUCAAUCGUCUACUGCAGAUACCAUCUUAAGGACAAGACGUGGACGAGUUUGCCUCAGGAAGAGGACGAUUACACAUGGGGUCAUUCUAUGGUCGCGUAUCAGGUUCGUCGCAAUUUAAUAAAAUAACACUCCUGCACCAGCCCUAUAGGCCCAUUGCACUAACGUCACAAAUCCUUAGAAUGUCCUCCAGAUGCUCCCUAACAAUAUCUGUUCGGGUACAACAACCACAUACGGCGCAAAAAUUAACCAUUUUAAUACAAAAUUAUUAUAAAGUUUUACAAAAUUUGCUUUGUUUACAAAGGUUAUAUUCUGCAUAGAUUGCUAAUUUGUCCUCCAGAUGCAUCGUCGCCGGCGCUGUGACGUCAUGUGCAAUGGGUCUAUAGGGCGACCCCUUAUAGCGUUCUACAAUAAGCAGCCGUGUGGACGUUUCGAGCCAAGGCCCGUCUUCAGGGCAUUUCAAACCUCAUGACCUAGGGUUUAACUGGAAACAUCGAUGUAUUUAAAUAAUUUACUUUUUUCAUUGGAGAUAUCGUAUGUAAUAGUCAAGUCACUUUGAGUAUAGUAAGAGCUUGACUACGUAUAGCGGUAAGGCGCAGCGCGAUGUCAUUCUUUAAGAGUUUAUCAUUAGAUAGCUUAAGAUCUACGAUGUCGACGUCAUCUAGGACGUCGGGGCUAAGCAGAGGACUGGGACUAGGACGUCGUCCUAAAUAAAUAAACUUCCACUUAAGAGUCACGACGUAGACAUUUAAACUAUAAAUAUUUACAUCCAUUUGAAAAUGAAUUUAAAAGAGACGUGUGAAUUCAUUACCGUUUGUUGUGCUCUUGUAUCCACGACGGUAAAACUCUUGUUGUGAGGUUGUCGACGUUUGGUAGAUGACGAGCAAAUUGAAAGAGACACAUGCACACUUCAAAAACUAUUAUCAUUUUACUUCCGCUUGCCGCCCUAGAUAGUUUACGUCGUAGAUACUCGAGCUAUCGACUUUUUUAGGACGACGUCCUAGUCCCAGUCUGCUGCUAAGCCCUGACGUCCUAGCUGACGUCGACGUUGUAAAUCUUAAGCUAUCUAUUAAUUGUAGUUUAAUUUUUUUACAGGGCAAGCUGAUUGUAUUUGGCGGUGAAAGAGAAGAUCAUGUGAUCGUGAAUACAUUGGCGGUGUUUGAUACCAACUCAAGUAAAUGGAGUCGUCCUCCUUCUUUAAACUCCACGCACAUUGCGGUGACUGGUCACACAGCUACGUUAGUAGAGGAUAAAAUGAUCGUUAUCUUUGGUUUAAGUGUGCAUGGGUUGUUUCCUGGUGUACAAGAAUACGAUAUUGGUAAGAUAUACACAAAUCAUAUAGUAUAUAUAGACUAAGUUCUUUGUAGAAAUAGAAAACAUACGAAUCUUCUCAUUUUAUGGGAACGACCUGAGACUGCAAUCACGGCUUCAAUUUUUGAAUUUCAGACUAAUUAGAUGCUCUAUCUAGUGUAUAUAAGAUAUCUAUGACCUUAACCCCCAAUUCAAUGCUCUUUGCAUGAAACAUAUACUAGGGAUAUGUGGUUAUCAAACAAUGUCAACGUUGACGAAGUUACCUUAAAGAUCUCAACUAGUUUGGUCCAGGAUUGUAGAGCUUGCGUACUUUAUCAAACAAAUUGAAAGAGCCUAAUCAGGGCCAAGAGCGCUGCACCGGACUCACAGGACCGCAGGUUCGAUUCCAGGCUUUCCAGCCAGAGGUCCGAUAGUUGCAUUUUUCACAACUGCCCUGGUUAGGUCUAAAUAAAUGUAUAAUUCCACUCGAAAUUACCAUCUACAAAUCCCUUCAGUAUUUAGUUAUAUCGAAUGAGAUGUCCAAAAUCGUGGUAAAGAGGGGUAAACCUUUGCUUUCUGACAUCAUUUUGAGUGCUGCAAAGACAUUAAAAAACAACAAAUCUGCUUAUUCCGACAAGAUAAAAAACGAAAUGCUGAAGCAUAGCGUCAAAAUAUUACUUAAAUUAUACCAUAAACUUUUUAACCUCGUUUUAAAAACAGGGCAUUUCCCAGAUCAAUGGUGUGAAGGUCUCAUUACGCCAAUUUUUAAGUCAGGAGAUAAAACUGACCCCAAUAACUACAGAGGAAUUUGCGUGACUAGCUGUCUCAGUAAAUUCCUUUGUACUAUUUUAAAUCAACGGUUAAGUAAAUUUAGCAUUGAUAGAAACAUAAUUCACCCCUCCCAAAUCGGAUUCCAGUCAGGCCACAGAACAGCUGACCACAUUUUCGUCUUAAAAACAAUAAUUGAUAAACACAUAAAUCAGAAAAACGAAAAAAUAUAUGCAUGCUUUGUUGACUUUAAAAAAGCCUUUGACUCUGUUUGGGCGGCACGAAGGCCUAUUUUUAAAACUGCUUGAGAACAAAAUUGAUGGUCAUUUUUACAACCUUAUUAAAAGUCUAUAUUCAAGCUCUAAAUGCGCCGUAAAAGAAAGUAAAAUAAAUCGAACUGAAUUUUUCUCUUACUCCAAAGGAGUGCGUCAAGGGUGUAUUUUGAGCCCCCUUUUAUUUAAUAUCUAUAUAAACGAAUUAGCAACAUUAUUUGAUAAUACAGCUGCCGAUCCAUUUAUACUACCAAAUGGGACUAAACUGAGCUGCCUUCUAUAUGUCGAUGACUUAAUUUUAUUAUCUCGAUCAAAAUUCGGCCUACAAAAAUCUCUAGACGAUCUCCAUUGUUGGAGAAAAAAAUGGCUUAUGGAGAUAAAUUUGAAGAAAACACAAAUAAUGAUAUUUGAAAAAAGAAAAACAAGAAAAGCAAGACCAAUUUUUAAUCUUGGAAAUCGGAACAUAAAAAUCGUACAGGAAUCACAAUGGUAAUUUUACUCUAGCUCUAAAACAACUAAGCGAAAAAGCCUUGCAUGCUCUAUACGGUAUAAGAAGACAGCUCAAUUUCAGCCAUCUCAAUCCCAAAUAUGCCAUUAAAAUAUUUGAUUCAAUUAUAACUCCUAUCCUACUAUACAACUCGGAAGUAUGGGGGACAUACGUGAAAAAUGAUUUCAACAAUUGGGAUAAAUCACCAAUUGAGAAGGUUCAUCUUAAGUUCUGUAAAAUUUACCUCGCUAUCAGUAGGAAAGCAAGUAACAUUGCCUCCAGAGCUGAGCUUGGAAAACUCCCUCUCAUCAUUAACGUAUUCAAAAGGGUCUUCAAAUACAUCACUCACUUAAACUCGCUUCCCCAAACAACCAUUGCGAAGCAAGCUUUUCUAAUCUCGAAAGAUCUACACUCCAAGCAGAAAAUAUCUUUUUACGGAAAUGCAAUGGAUACUAUCAAAAAUUUAAAUCUAAAUGAAGAAAUCCUUAAUUUAGAAGCCAUAACGACUGAACAUAUUAAAACUAUUACCAAAACCCUUGAGGAAAAAUACUUAACAUUUUGGAAACAUAAACUUGAAAAUUCAUCCAAACUGACUUUCUACUCAACGUUCAAAACGGACCACAACCUCGAAAACUACCUAGUAUUUAUAAAAGAUCCAUACAAAAGAAGAUGUCUUUCAAGACUAAGAGUCAGCAACCAUGACCUCCAAAUUGAGAUCGGGCGCUAUCAAAAUAUACCCCGUGAAGAACGCUUAUGUAAAAUCUGCAAUUCAGGAGAGGUGGAAAAUGAAACCCAUCUCCUCCUCUCUUGCAAAGCCUAUGAGCAAUCUCGUGCAAACCUUCGAAGUUCAUUAGAGAAUGCUUCAUCUGACCAGAUUAAUCUAAACUCUCAAACUCUAUCAGCGGACCUAAUGAAAUCAACUGAUAGUGAAAUCAUUACCAAACUUUCAAAAUUUGUUUAUUCAUGUUUCAAGCAAAGACUUAAAUACCUUGAAACCAGGAAUGCGGAUUAGCAAAGGUUGUAAUAACCACCUUAUUUGUAAAUAGCAUACUUGUCUUCUUUCUUUCCUCUUAAUUUUUCUUAAUAUUGUAUUAGUCUAUUAUAAAUCAUUCCACAAAUAGUAAUCUGUAAUAGUCCUAGUUUAUCAUAGUUUCUUCUAUAUAUUGUUUGUAAUGCUUUAGCAAUACUGUAAAUUUAUGGUCAUGCUAAUAAAGCUAUUAAUUACCAUCAUCUUUAGGCAAAUCAACAUGGCAGGUUAUUAAAUCCAAGUCUGCUCUUGGUGUUGCACGACAUGGUCACACAAGUGUUUAUGAUCCAUUCUCGAAAAGAAUCUAUGUGUAUGGUGGUGUAACCAUGGCAACGCCGUCAUCUUUUGCCCCUUCGGAUAGCUUGACGGCUUAUUAUCCACAUUCUAGAACCUGGUAGGUUUAUGAAUAUCUCAAUGUGGGUGGUAUAUAUUCAAUAGUAAACUGUCAUUUCAGCAAUGUGUAUAAAGCUUUACAUUUGUUCUACAACUAUAUAAGCUUAUUGAGGGAACUCUUUAAUUUCGCCCCCCCCCCUAACCCUCUCCCCCACCCCCAGGGUUUAUGCUCCUGUAUACAUGUCACAGAUUAACACAAGCACUUUUCUUUAACCGGUAUACAGUGGUAAAAACUUAAUCUUCAAUAGACAAAUUGCAUGUUAGACUAAUUUUUUAUCUGAGCAAAAAAAAGUAAAUUCCCGUUUACAACAUUUCGCAAGUUUGAAUAUUUUGUAUAUGUUUGUAUUACGUGCGGAAAUUGUUACCAUUUUUGAGCCGAAAAUGGUAACAAUUUCCGCACGUAAUACAAACAUAUACAAAAUUUGGAAACUUUGCAAGGCUAUAUUUUACAAGCUUUACAACAUUUCGCAACCAAAUUUUCCAAUUUUACUAAUUUCAUUAUGUUCUGUUUAGCUGUGGUGCAUGAUUCCCUUCUCUUUACUUCGAUCAAAAUUUAGUCUAACAUGCAAGUUGUCCAUUGAAUUUUGAAACCAAUCAAUCUUUCGAUCUCCGUAAUUGUAUUUUUCGCAAUAUGUUUUGAAGAAGUUGUGGUAAAUGUGAAUAACGAACUGUAAUGAAAUUGUAAAUGGAAGGGGGCGUGUAAGUGCUCUCCUACUAAUACUCAAUCUUCCGAAAAAUGGUAGUAGACUUAAAUGUUCGUUUUGAUCCCUACAUGUAGCUAAUCGACGGCUUCCAGGCAAAGGAUUUUCUCUCAAAUUUUCUUGAUCUCUUUUAGUUACGACCGUAUUUAUUGUCUGAAUAGACCUUUCCCCUUAUAACCAAAAUUUUGAUCUAGGCAAGUCUAGACAAAUAUUUCAUCACAGCUUGAAAGAGCAUCACAAGAUUAGUAAUAUUCCAAAGUUUCGUUGCGAAAUGUUGUAAAAUGAGGAAAAUAGAGCCUUGCAAAGUUUGCAAUUUUCAGUCAUUUUGCAUUACAAACGGGAAAUUGCAGCCCCAACACCCGAAUCGGAUGUCAAUUUCCCGUUUGUAAUACAAAAUGACUGAAAAAUGGCAAACUUCGCAAGGCUAUAUUAUCCGCAUUUUACAAGAUUUUGCAACAAAACGUUGGAAUAUUACUGAUUUUGUGAUGCUCUUUCAAGCUGUGAUGAAAUUUUUGUCUAGAUCGAAAUUUUAGUUAUAAGGGGAAAGGUCCAUUACUGGACACCGCUCUUUGAAUGACAGUUUCCAAUGAUAUAUUUUUUCUCUCCAAUACGGACGCUUUGGAUUAUUUUUCUUUAGGAUUACUUUGGCUUCAAGCGAAUUUCGUCAGACUCUUCAUUCAGCAGUGAUACUUGAUCGUAUGAUGAUUGUGUUUGGAGGCAAUCCUUAUGUUAAUAAAGAUAGCAUAAACGUGAAAUGUCAUACAACCAAAUUGCACGUUUAUGAUCUCGGUGAGUUAUUGCGCUUGCUUGCUGUACAAUAAAGUAGGAAACAAAUUCCAAGUAGAAGUUCCAUCUUGAAACUUAAUAAGAAGUUCCAUCUUGAUACUUAAGUAGAGCAAGAGGACACAAUAUUCAACAGUGAUAUUUCGAAUUUAUUGCAUAUUCAUCAUCAGACGUCUGACGAUGAAUUUGCAAUAAAUUCAAAAUGUCACUGUUGAAUAUUGUGUCCUCUUGCUUUACUUAAAUAUUAAGUUUUAAUAUGGAACUUCGAUUUUGAGUUUGUUUCCAACUAUAUUUCAUGAAGAUUUUAGCUGGAUUUUUUUUCUAUUUUCAAUCAUUGACAAAAUAUAUUCGGGCAACUGGAAAAACAUUGUCAAAAUAGCCAAAUAUACCCCUCACCUCCCCGCUAAUCAAUGUUGCUGUGACAUGUUUUUAUUGAGAACGUGUGGCACUGUUUAUUUAUGAUACAAUACCAUAAAACAACAUUGUUAUAGGAGGGGGGGGAUGAGGAGGGGGUGAGGAGGCUGGUGCCUACAGAUGGUGGGAUGAGGAGGCCGGGUGCCUACAGAUGCUUUACUGCCCGAAGGGUUUUGUCAGCGAUAUUGUAGCUUUAUUUUAAAAAAAUGAAUCUUUUUUUAUUGCUACAGUAUAAAGCAUUUUAAAAAUUAUGAAUCUUUCCUUUUUAGCUUGUCAGAAGUGGUAUUCUGAAGACUUGCCACAAAUUGCCCAAACCUUGGCCCGUUACGGUCACACUGCAGUCGCCAAAGGAAGGUUGGUAUUUCUUAGUCACCUUGGUCAAUUAUCUUGUCUUGUUGAGUAAGUAAGCCCUGGUC